GCAUUAGAAAAAACAAAAUGGCGACAGAUGCCAUCAUAUCAGAUGCUGGCAGCAUAUAUAAAAGACUACUGAAUCAUAGGCCAGUACUGCAGAAUGAAGUGCAUUAUUUUGUACAGGAAUUUGAGAGUAAACGUGGGGAUAGUGAUGUUAAGCUUCUUAAAGACACAAUGAAAUUAGCUAAUGAGAUCGAUGCUGUCUAUUUGGAAGAAAUGAAGCAAAGUAUUCCUUUAUUUAACCAGAUAAAAUCAAAUUUAUCAGAUGUAGUAGCAAAAUGUGAUGGCGUUCUUCAGAAAAAGAACGAUGCUUUAGAAUUAUCAUCUGAAGAGAAAGAAGCAAUGAAACAAGAGGUUGAAGAAUUGAAGUCAAAGCUGGCGGAAGAGAAGAGAGUGUUCGAUGAAGAGAUGGAUAAUAAAAUGUCAACCCUUAAAGCUGAAGCUGAUGUACAUAGAGAACAAAGGAAUCGUCUGAGGCAGACAAGACCAGCACCUCGGCAGACAACCCCACCCACUCCUUCAUAAACUUUAACUGCAUGUGCGUGUGUGUGUGUGUGUGUCAAAUGUGUGUUUAUACACUAUUUUAAAAUUAAAAUUACUUUUAAUUUGAUUUUUUCUGAGAACAUGUGAUUUAUUUAA